UAAAAAAAUUGGAAAUUUGACAGAUCUCAAAAUUUAUAUAGAAGCAGACUCGAAGGAAAGACAGAUAACCAAGAGAAUUAGUAUUAAAAAUAGUAAACUUGAAAAGAAUGUUGGUCCUAUUGGCUUAUAUUUUAAAGAUGAGCAAGAAUUUAAAAAACAAUUACAAUUAACAAGAGAAAACAGUCCAUCAUCUGAAACUAAAACUGAAAAAAACCAUCAACAAGUCAGAAGAGAAAAAAUCAAGCCCUUAUCUUAA